GCGGCGGCGGGGGAGAGGGGCGGCGCGGGCGCGCGUCUGUCAGUGACAGCGGGAGGGGGAGGGGGCCGGAGAUGGUGGCGGCGGCGGCUGCGGCGGCUGCUCUUCCGACAUGAGGCAGCGGCUGCGGGAGGGCUGGCGGCGGGCGCAGCCGCAGCGGCAUCUGUAGCUCGGGCAGGGCCCCUGGGGCGUGGGCGCGGCGUGCGGGCGAGCGGCGUGCGGGCCGGCCGGCGUCGCGGGAGUCGGGCUCUGCGGCAGCCCGCACCGCCGUCCUCGGAGGGGCCCGCGCAGUGGCCCGAGCUCGGCCCUGGGCGGGGGUGCGGCGCGCUGGGCUGCGGGCAGCAGGCCCUGCUAGACCGGCUGCUCAGACGGGCAGCCCGCCCUCGGGUUCCGCAAGCUCGCGGGCGGGCGGGGGCGCGGGCCAGGGGAGCCCGCUGGUGCUCAGCGGCGCGGGGACGGGACGCGGCAGGAGCCGCAGGUCGGCCCGCGCGCUUUGACGCACCGGGCGCCUCUGCGGCAGGAUGAAGCGCUGCUCGCCUCCGGCCGAGUUGUUUUUGCGAAAGCCGCUCCCGGUGCCCGGAGCGCUCAAGGUCUGAACUUCCCUCUGGAGCCGCAGUUGGAGGCGCGCGGGUAGAGGCCACCAGCGGGCGACGGCGCCCGAGGGGGAGCGCAGCGCAGCGCGCCGGGGACCCAAGACUCAGCACCGCCGCGGCACGGGAACCCCGGGAGCACCAGGUACCCCUGACCCGGUCGGGAAAGGUUCCAAGAGCUCGGCAACAUGGCUUCCUCACCCCACCAGCAGCUGCUGCAUCACCAUAGCACCGAGGUGAGCUGCGACUCGAGCGGAGACAGCAACAGCGUGAGGGUCAAGAUCAACCCUAAGCAGCUGUCCUCCAACACCCACCCGAAGCACUGCAAGUACAGCAUCUCCUCCAGCUGUAGCAGCUCGGGAGACUCUGGAGGGCUUCCCCGGAGGAUGGGCGGCGGGGGUCGCCUGCGCAGGCAGAAGAAACUGCCCCAGCUCUUCGAGAGGGCCUCCAGCCGCUGGUGGGACCCCAAAUUCGACUCCGUGAACCUGGAGGAGGCCUGUCUGGAGCGCUGCUUCCCGCAGACCCAGCGCCGCUUCCGGUACGCACUCUUCUAUGUGGGCUUCGCCUGCCUUCUCUGGAGCAUCUACUUUGCUGUCCACAUGAGAUCCAAAGUGAUUGUCAUGGUGGUCCCGGCUCUGUGCUUCCUGAUGGUGUGUGUGGGCUUUUUCCUGUUUACUUUUACCAAGCUGUACGCCCGGCAUUAUGCGUGGACUUCGCUGGCUCUCACCCUGCUGGUGUUCGCCCUGACCCUGGCUGCGCAGUUUCAGGUUUGGACACCUCUGUCAGGACGUGUUGACAGCUCCAAUCAGACUCUCACAGCCAAGGCAGCGGACACUUGCUUAUCUCAAGUGGGGAGCUUCUCCAUGUGUAUUGAAGUGCUCUUUCUGCUCUACACGGUCAUGCACUUACCUCUGUACCUGAGCUUGUUUUUGGGGGUAGCCUAUUCUGUCCUUUUCGAGACCUUUGGCUAUCAGUUCCGAAAUGAAGACUGCUUCCCCUCCCCGGGACCCGGGGCCCUGCACUGGGAGCUGCUGAGCAGAGCCCUGCUCCACGUGUGCAUUCACGCGAUUGGGAUCCAUCUGUUUGUCAUGUCUCAGGUGAGGUCCAGGAGCACCUUCCUCAAGGUGGGGCAAUCCAUUAUGCACGGCAAAGAUCUGGAAGUAGAAAAAGCCCUCAAAGAGAGGAUGAUUCAUUCUGUGAUGCCAAGAAUCAUAGCUGAUGACCUAAUGAAACAAGGGGAUGAGGAGAGCGAGAAUUCUGUCAAGAGGCACACCACCUCCAGCCCCAAGAACAGGAAGAAGAAGUCCUCCAUACAGAAAGCGCCUAUAGCAUUCCGCCCUUUUAAGAUGCAGCAGAUUGAAGAGGUCAGUAUUUUAUUUGCAGACAUCGUGGGCUUCACCAAGAUGAGUGCCAACAAAUCCGCUCAUGCCUUGGUAGGUCUCCUCAAUGAUCUGUUUGGUCGCUUCGACCGCUUGUGUGAGGAGACCAAGUGUGAGAAGAUCAGCACUCUGGGAGACUGUUAUUACUGUGUGGCCGGGUGUCCGGAGCCCCGGGCAGACCAUGCCUACUGCUGCAUCGAAAUGGGCUUAGGCAUGAUAAAGGCCAUCGAGCAGUUCUGCCAGGAGAAGAAAGAGAUGGUGAACAUGCGUGUCGGGGUUCACACAGGGACUGUCUUAUGUGGCAUCCUGGGCAUGAGGAGGUUUAAAUUCGAUGUGUGGUCCAAUGACGUGAACUUGGCCAAUCUCAUGGAGCAGCUGGGAGUGGCUGGCAAAGUUCACAUAUCCGAGGCCACUGCAAAAUACUUAGACGACAGGUAUGAAAUGGAAGAUGGGAGAGUUAUCGAACGCCUUGGUCAGAGUGUGGUCGCCGACCAGCUGAAAGGUUUGAAGACAUACCUGAUAUCGGGUCAGAGAGCCAAGGAGUCUCACUGCAGCUGUGCAGACGCCCUGCUUUCUGGCUUUGAGGUCAUUGACGGCUCACGGGUGUCCUCAGGCCCUAGGGGACAGGGGACAGCAUCGCCAGGGAGUGUCAGUGACCUGGCACAGACUGUCAAAACCUUUGAUAACCUUAAGACUUGCCCUUCAUGUGGAAUCACAUUUGCUCCCAAAUCUGAAGCUGGUGCAGAAGGAGGAGCUGUGCAAAAUGGCUGUCAAGACGAGCCUCCGGCCGGCACCAAGGCUUCUGGAGGACCCAACUCCAAAACCCAGAACGGACUCCUGAGCCCUCCUCCAGAGGAGAAGCUCACCAACAGCCAGACCUCCCUGUGUGAGAUCCUGCAGGAGAAGGGACGGUGGGCAGGUGUGAGCUUGGACCAGUCAGCCCUCCUCCCGCUGAGGUUCAAGAACAUCCGUGAGAAAACUGAUGCCCACUUUGUAGAUGUCAUCAAAGAAGACAGCCUGAUGAAAGAUUAUUUCUUCAAGCCACCCAUCAAUCAGUUCAGCCUGAACUUCCUGGAUCAGGAGCUGGAGCGAUCCUACAGAAGCAGCUACCAGGAAGAGGUCAUAAAGAACUCCCCUGUGAAGACUUUUGCCAGCGCCACCUUCAGUUCCCUCCUGGACGUGUUUCUGUCUACCACAGUGUUCCUGAUCCUCUCCAUCACCUGCUUCCUAAAGUACGGAGCCACCGCCACGCCCCCUCCACCGGCUGCCCUGGCCGUCUUCGGUGCAGACCUGCUGCUGGAAGUGCUGUCCCUAGUAGUGUCCAUCAGAAUGGUGUUCUUCCUAGAGGACGUCAUGAUGUGCACAAAGCGGUUGCUGGAAUGGAUCGCUGGCUGGCUCCCUCGACACUGCAUUGGGGCCAUCUUGGUAUCUCUUCCUGCCCUGGCUGUCUAUUCACACAUCACCUCUGAGUUUGAGACAAACAUACACGUCACCAUGUUCACAGGCUCUGCUGUGCUGGUGGCCGUCGUCCACUACUGUAACUUCUGCCAGCUCAGCUCCUGGAUGAGGUCCUCCCUUGCCACCGUCGUGGGGGCUGGGCCGCUGCUUCUGCUCUACAUCUCCCUGUGCCGGGACAGUUCCAUAGCGGUGUCACCCUUAGAUACAGCAGCCCAGAACUUCAGUGCCACCAGGAACCCCUGCAACAGCUCUCUGCUGCAGGACAGCAGACGGCCAGCCAGCCUCAUAGGCAAGGAGCUCAUCCUCACCUUCUUCCUCCUGCUCCUCUUGGUCUGGUUCCUGAACCGAGAGUUUGAGGUCAGCUACCGACUGCACUACCAUGGGGAUGUGGAAGCAGAUCUGCACCGCACCAAGAUCCAGAGCAUGAGGGAUCAGGCUGACUGGCUACUGAGGAACAUCAUCCCCUACCACGUGGCCGAGCAGCUGAAAGUCUCCCAGACCUACUCCAAGAACCAUGACAGCGGAGGAGUGAUCUUUGCCAGCAUCGUCAACUUCAGUGAAUUCUACGAAGAGAACUACGAGGGGGGCAAGGAAUGCUACCGGGUCCUCAAUGAGCUGAUAGGUGACUUUGAUGAGCUUCUCAGCAAACCCGACUACAACAGCAUUGAGAAGAUCAAGACUAUCGGGGCCACAUACAUGGCAGCGUCAGGGCUGAACACUGCCCAGUGCCAGGAGGGUGGCCACCCGCAGGAGCAUCUGCGCAUCCUCUUUGAAUUCGCCAAGGAGAUGAUGCGCGUGGUGGAUGACUUCAACAACAACAUGCUGUGGUUCAACUUCAAGCUCAGGGUUGGCUUUAACCAUGGACCCCUCACCGCAGGCGUCAUUGGUACCACCAAGCUGCUCUAUGAUAUCUGGGGAGACACUGUCAACAUUGCCAGCAGGAUGGACACCACUGGUGUUGAGUGCCGCAUCCAGGUGAGCGAAGAGAGCUACCGUGUGCUGAGCAAGAUGGGCUAUGACUUUGACUACCGAGGGACUGUGAACGUCAAGGGCAAAGGGCAAAUGAAGACCUACCUUUACCCAAAGUGCAUGGACAAUGGGGUUGUGCCCCAGCACCAACUGUCCAUCUCCCCAGACAUCCGUGUCCAGGUGGAUGGCAGCAUUGGACGGUCUCCCACCGACGAGAUUGCCAACUUGGUGCCUUCUGUUCAGUACUCGGACAAGACUUCGCUGGGAUCUGAUGACAACGCACAGACCAAGGACGUGCACCUGUCCUGUAAGAGACCCUGGAAAGAGCCGGCCAAAGCUGAAGAAAGGUUUCGAUUUGGAAAAGCCAUAGAAAAGGAUGACUGUGAAGACACAGGAAUAGAAGAAGCCAAUGAACUCACCAAGCUCAAUGUCUCAAAGAGUGUAUGAGGCAGCGUGGCGGGCUGCCGAGGUGCUCUGUUCAUCCAAACACAAUAAUACUUGUAUUGACAGGAUGGCGUGCUGUCUAGACCUCAGUGUCUGAUCCUGGAUGUGGUGUCAUGUGGUCAUUUCAGCCCUAAUCUCUGUGUGGAUCACAGUUAUUCAGGGUCCAUUGCCACCCAUUUCUUCUUUCCUUUACUCCCUUUCCUGGAAGCCUGCCCCCAGCCUGGGGGAUCCAUUCAGCGGUGUGGAGGAAUACAAGUGCCUUCAGGGUUUGGCCUUGAGUCUAGGGCUGAGGCCACUGGUGGAAUCAUGGCCCUGGGUAUUAUUUGACUUCUUUAGAAAAAAAAAAAAAAAAAAGCUGUGGUUAAGAUACCGUUUUUAUUGCCUUUUCUCACAAGCUUUUUUUUUCUCAUACAGUGUUUUCCAGUUUAUUUUUUCUAUAUAUGUAAUAGUGUUUUUUGGUCACCUGGCCUUUCUAAGCACAUACACGCACACACACUUGCAUUUAUGAAUCUGACAUAAAGUGCCAGUAACUCAUCUGGGGGAGGGGUUAUAAAAGGGGGGCAGGACUGGGAAGCUCAGCAAGCCCCCUUCUGGCAUCUCGGGGUACCUGGGCCCAUAUUCCUGGGCCCAUGAAUGGGUCUCUCCGCCCCCAACACUGGGCAGUUUCAGGGGCUCUUCUGCACGCAGGCCAAAAUUUCAUAUGCUCACCAGGCACAAAGCUUACACACCAGGCCUCAGGAAUCUCAAAGCCGUGUUUUCAUCUGACCCUCCACGGAGGGGUCUUCCGGCCAGGAGCGAAGAUGUUUGUCUCAGAAGCCGACUCAUCUGAGGGAGACAGUCGACCAUCUGAGGGUUGCGUUUAUUUAUUUAUUUAUUUAUCGAAACGUGUAUUAUGGGGUGGGGCCACUGGGUAGUUUUGGUGAGGGAAACAGGGAGUGGGCAGGGCAGUGUACAAAGGACACAGCAGACCAAUGACAAGAUGUCCCUCUAUGUUUCAUUUUCUCAUCCACUGUGGCCUACGGUGCCACCCAGGGUGCUGCUCCCCCUUGUGGGGAUCCAGAGUCCAACUGCUCGGCUCCAAGCGGGAUGCUGCAGACCUUUUGCCCGUUCCUCUCACUGUUGGACUGACUGCACAGGCUGAUUUGCAGUGGGAUUUAAUCCUGCUGGCCAAGUCAGACUCUCCAAAGAGGCUGCUUGUGGCGCACCGAGGAGCAGAACCAUCUGUAUGCCAAAGGAGAUGCAGACGGCAGACACAGAGCCGAUAAGGAAAACAGCGUUCCUGUUCCUGGUGGCUAGCCUUGCUCGUAAUUGUGUCUUUCCAUGUUGAGUCUCAAAUUUCUGCUGAAUGGAACUCAGGCUGCAGUUGUCCUGAUGCCAUCAUUCUUCCAGGUGACGCUGGUGUGCAGCUCAGAGAUGACUGAGGAGCAGCUCUGUCUGUUGGAGGUCUUCAUGCCGUGCCCUGUAGUGUGUUCUUGCACUGGUAAACCUCACUGUAUGAUUUUCACCUGAGUUGAGUCUCCUGUUACUCAUUCCCAGAGACAGACAGGACCUGCUGAUGCUAGCAAGGUGACAUAGUUCUAGUCAGCCACUUCCCUGGGGACACCUGGGAUGGCCACCCAAGCAUCAUAGCCAUGCCAGGACCCAGAGUGUUCUUAGUGACGGGAAGAUUUUCCUUCCCAGUUGGCUCCCUGCCAACUCGAAGAACAGAUGGUUGUAACAAUACCUCUUGCUUCUGAAGAAUGUAUUCUUGUACAAUGCCACAGAUUUUUUUUUUUCUUAAAAACACUACCUGAUUCUUUCCUUGAACUAGGGAUUUAGGGCAUGCUGGGUUUCCUCCGGUCAGUGUUAGGGUGUUGGUUAUCUGAGUGUCAGUCAGUCUGUCCUCCAGCUCCAGGCUGCAUAGCCUUGAGGAGCGAGCUGCUUGUCAGUGUCUUUGCAGUCUUGGUUCAAGAUGGGCUCUGUCAAGUUCAUCUCUACACACAUCUUCCCUCUCCAACUCUCUUCCUUUCUCUGCUACAAACGAGUUUGUGAUUCGUUCCCAGCCCACCCCCCAACCCUAGACCUGCAAGCCAGUCGGAGAGAAUCAUUGACCUUGAGCAGGUGGUCCAGUUACGCAUUGUGCAAAUAGAGCCCUGGAUGAAGGGCGGCUCCCACAGAGUGUAGUGGUCUUAAGAAACACCCUGAGCCUUCCUGAAGAACCAGUGCAGACAUUCUUCUUUCAGGGUGCAAGGCCCCUGAGGCCUCCCCAGCUCCCUGCCCCAAAGCAUACCUCAACACAGAACCACGGCCCUGCAGCACACCUGCCGUGCGCCUGGGCUGUUGGCAUUGAUCAAACAGCUGGAGACAGUUGGGCUUCUAGGCAGUGGACUCGAGUGUCCUCAGGUGGCAAUACUUCUUAGGAACCUAGGGCAGGAAGCAAUACUCCAGAACUGAAUGUGUGUAAAUAGUCGCUUUGCGUUGCAAUUCCUCUUUCCCUCUUGGCCCAGCUCAGAUCAACUUUAUACAUCUGUAUGAUCAAGCACACAUAAUUUUGUCCCACGCAAAUGAACGUAGAGUAUCAGUUAUAAACCCUUCAACUGCUUGACGAGCCCCACGGAUUGACCACACCUGCGCAUGGCUCCCUCCACCCUGGCUUCACUCCUGGGGACUGCACCCACACAUUUGCUCAAGACACAGAGAGCCAAAGGCCGUGUGCAACCAUCACCUGGGCUGUAGUCACUUGUAGUUUCCAAAGAAAAGUCUGCAUUUGACUUUGUUGAUUUUCAAGGUCAGCGGUUUUUGAUUGGUUGUUUGGAAAAUCGCAUCAUGCCUAGAACCUGAAAUUAAAUCAGCAGGAACCAGCUGUUUGUGUUUCCAUGUUUCCUUUGCUCUGCUCUUUUUAAAUUGUUAACUGAGAAUUUCAAAAUGCAUCCACUGAAAAAAUGGAUAUUAAAAUAUUCUAAAACCUGA